GCCAUAAAACAUCCACAGAAGAUGAACAACGAAUCCUGUGUUUUGAAAUCUGACUACGCUACAGUACUGUGACAGCUGUGAAUCGUCUCAUCUCGCUAAGUUAUCUUAUAGGGACACGUUACAUGAGCUAGUUGUUUUGGCACUUGUCCACAAUGGAAGAAGCAGGAUACACAAGCCAUGGCUUCGGCUACUUCAGGUUCUAUUCACUUCUUCCACAAUGAUUUUUGAGGAUGAGAUACAAAUGAAAGAAUACCUGAAGAUGAUGACUGAUAUGAUUGUGUUGUGUGCCACCCUGGCCAUCUCCCUCUUCUUCUGGAUCAUUUCCAUCACAGCCAGCACAUAUUAUGGCACUCUCCAGCCGGUGUCUCCAUGGCGAUGGUUGUUCUCCAUCCUGGUUCCUCUGACUCUCACCACACGGGCCCUGAAGAAGAGGAGUCUGGACCACAGCGGCGCCCUGGGAGCCCUGCUGGUCGGCUUCAUCCUCACCAUGGCCAACAUGAGUUUCUUCUCCGCCCUGCUGGCUUUCUUCAUCACCUCCUCCAAGCUGACACGCUGGAAAGAAGAGGUCAAGAAGAAGCUAGACUCUGACUAUAAAGAAGGUGGUCAGAGGAACUGGAUACAGGUGUUCUGUAACGGUGGUGUCCCCACAGAGCUGGCCCUGCUGUAUAUGAUCGAGGUGGGUCCAGGGGAGAUGCCGGUGGACUUUGGGAAGCAGUACUCAGCCUCCUGGAUGUGUCUGUCUCUGCUGGGGGCCUUGGCUUGCUCUACGGGGGACACCUGGGCAUCAGAGGUGGGGCCCGUCCUCAGUCAGACCAAACCCCGCCUCAUCACCUCCUGGAGAGAGGUCCCUACAGGGACCAAUGGAGGAGUGACCCCAGUGGGUCUACUGGCUAGCUUCCUGGGGGGCCUGGCAGUGGGCGUGGCUUACUAUAUCUCUCAGAUCCUAUUGGUCCGUGACCUGCACCUGGCUGAUCCCCAGUGGCCAAUCAUAGUCUAUGGAGCCAUGGCUGGCCUAAUUGGGUCCAUGUUGGACUCUGUCCUGGGAGCACACUGGCAGUACUCAGGCUACGACGAAAGCCUCGGGAAGGUUGUUAACUAUGCGUCUGUGACAACUAAGCGGAUAUGUGGGAAGCCUAUCCUGGACAACAAUGGCGUUAACCUCUUCUCUUCCAUCAUAGUAGCUCUGGUUCUUCCUGGUGUUGCAUGGAGCUUCUGGCCUCACUAGGGAAGGAACUCUUUACGUUUCCCUGAUUUCUGUUUUGUCAACAAUUUUUUUUUUUGCAAAAAAAUGUUUUGCUUGUUGUAUUGAAGUCGUGCCACAAAUGUUUUAUACUUUACCUAGUAUGGUGUAGCUUGCUGUCUAAGGAAAUAGAGUUACCAUGCUAUAACUAACCUCACAACUCUGUGUUUGUCUUUAUGGUAAUACAUUUGUUGACCUUAGUUUAAUCAUCUAGAUUUCAGUUGUUUACUAAAAUGCAUUAUGUGCAUGGACUAUAGGAGAGUCGUUUUUUCUGUUUGAUUGAUUGAAUCUUUUGCUAAACUUGUUGUAAUACUCUUGAGUAGGUCUACACCCUACACUCUACACCCUACACUAGAGAAGGGAUGAGAGAAACCUACACCCUACACUAGAGAAGGGAUGAGAGAAACCUACACCCUACACUAGAGAAGGGUGAGAGAAGGGAAGGGGUGAGAGAAGCCUACACUAGGGAUGGGGAAGGGGUGAGAGAAGCCGACACCCUACACUAGAGAAGGGAUGGGGAAGGGGUGAGAGAAGCCUACACCCUACACUAGGGAAGGGAUGGGGAAGGGGUGAGAGAAGCCUACACCAUACACUAGAGAAGGGAUGGGGAAGGGGUGAGAGAAGCCUACACCAUACACUAGAGAAGGGGUGAGAGAAGCCGACACCCUACACUAGAGAAGGGAUGAGAGAAGCCUACACCCUACACUAGAGAAGGGGUGAGAGAAGCCUACACCCUACACUAGAGAAGGGGUGAGAGAAGCCUACACCCUACACUAGAGAAGGGAUGGGGAAGGGGUGAGAGAAGCCUACACCCUACACUAGGGAAGGGAUGGGGAAGGGGUGAGAGAAGCCUACACCCUACACUAGAGAAGGGAUGGGGAAGGGGUGAGAGAAGCCUACACCCUACACUAGAGAAGGGAUGGGGAAGGGGUGAGAGAAGCCGACACCCUACACUAGAGAAGGGAAGGGGUGAGAGAAGCCUACACCCUACACUAGAGAAGGGAUGGGGUGAGAGAAGCCUACACCCUACACUAGAGAAGGGGUGAGAGAAGCCUACACCCUACACUAGAGAAGGGGUGAGAGAAGCCUACACCCUACACUAGAGAAGGGAUGGGGUGAGAGAAGCCUACACCCUACACUAGAGAAGGGGUGAGAGAAGCCGACACCCUACACUAGAGAAGGGAUGGGGAAGGGGUGAGAGAAGCCUACACCCUACACUAGAGAAGGGAUGGGGAAGGGGUGAGAGAAGCCGACACCCUACACUAGAGAAGGGAUGGGGAAGGGGUGAGAGAAGCCUACACCCUACACUAGAGAAGGGAUGGGGAAGGGGUGAGAGAAGCCGACACCCUACACUAGAGAAGGGAUGGGGAAGGGGUGAGAGAAGCCUACACCCUACACAAGGGAAGGGGUGAGAGAAGCCUACACCCUACACUAGAGAAGGGGUGAGAGAAGCCUACACCCUACACUAGAGAAGGGAAGGGGUGAGAGAAGCCUACACCCUACACUAGAGAAGGGAUGGGGUGAGAGAAAGAAGGGACAGUGUUAUGUCGCCAGCCCCCCAAACAUAACACUGUCCUAUAAUAUAACCAGAUGAACUCCUUUAUGAAUGUGGUUUGUAAUGGUUGUUUUGAUAAACUCCUUUAUGAAUGUGGUUUGUAAUGGUUGUUUUGAUAAAGUGUCGGCAUCCUGUGGUAAGUGAUUCAUUGAUGCUGUAAAGCAAUUAGCAUUGAAAUAAAUACUUCAUGGAU